CACUACCAGAGCUCACUGAGCAGCACAGGAUCAGACUGAAAGAAGAGGAACUCAGUGGACUGGAGUCAGAGACAGAGUGUGCUGUACCAGGACUCAACACACUGGAGCCAGAGUGUGUUAGUGCACACAGCGGGCUUGCAAUGACUGGCGUGUAUCCAGGAAGUGCGCUCAGCUACUCGAACAGCCGUCGGAGUGGUGAGCAGGAUCUGGAACGGUCCACGCCACCUGGGUUCGCACCACCUCUUCCUCUGGAAGUCUUUCACCACCACCCAGUCUCCUGGUUUCAGCUGAUGGCCAGAUGUGGCAGAUGGGGAGAGGUGGAUCCGCAACCCAAUCAUCUAUAUGUCAAGCUUUCCAAAAAAAAUACUUCCACAAAGGAUGCGCUGAUGUUUCCUUGCUCAUAGGAAAAAAUCUGCAGUUCUGCACACCUGCAGUAUGAUGCAGGCAGGAGUCUGUCUGAGACAGGACACUGAGACAACACUACCAGAGCUCACUGAGCAGCACAGGAUCAGACUGAAAGAAGAGGAACUCAGUGGACUGGAGUCAGAGACAGAGUGUGCUGCACCAGGACUCAACACACUGGAGCCAGAGUGUGUUAGUGCACACAGCGGGGUCAGUGAUGUACACCACACACACACAUCAGUGAUAAAAACAGAAGCUGAUCUGGGCUCCACCCACACUGGGGAUCUUAUUAAGACAGAGAGCCUAGACUUUACAGAGCUGGGAUAUGAAACCCAUCUGCAUCCUGACCAAAUCAAAACAGAGACUGAAGAUGGAGGAUACCUUCAGGCUGAACACAUCAGUGACCUGCAUGUUAUUGAAUGUGUUGACGAAUUGAAGUGUGAAUCCAGUGAAAGUUUAGUGAGUGAUCUCAUGAACCCUGUGAUGACUGGAGCUUGUGUUGAUCACAAAGUUAAUAAUCCAAGCCUUUUGAAUUUACUUCUGCAAACUAAGAAUAUUCAUACAUAUGAAUGUGAAAUUGAUCCAGGUGAAAUGGCAUGCCAGUGUUCACAGUUUGAGAAAACAAAAUCUGAUUUAAGUAAGCACAGGAUGAUUCAUAAUGAUGAAAAGCCAUACAAGUGCACACACUGUGAGAAGGGUUUUCAUAGAAAAUGUGAUUUACAUAACCACUUGAGAACUCAUGUAGGUAAACAGCCGUACAAGUGUUCACAGUGUGAGAGUUUUGAUUCAGCAACUUGUUUAAAUACACACCUGAGAAUUCAUACAGGUGAAAAACCCUACAAGUGUACCCAGUGUGAGAAGAGUUUUCCUACAAAAUCUAAUUUAAAUACACACCUGAGAUUUCAUACAGGUGAAAAACCCUACAAGUGUACCCAGUGUGAGAAGAGUUUUUAUACAAAUUCAAAAUUUAAAAAGCACCAGAUUAUUCAUACAGGUGAAAGGCCAUACAAGUGUGCACAGUGUGAAAAGUGUUUUCGUCGAAAAUACGAUUUGAAUAAACACCUGAAAAUUCAUACAGGUGAAAAACCCUACAAGUGUACCCAGUGUCAGGAAUGUUUUCAUAGAAAAUCAUAUUUAAGUAGGCACCAGGUAUUUCAUACAGCUGAAAGGCCAUACAAGUGUGCACGGUGUGAGAAGAGUUUUCAUACAAAAUCUCAUUUAAAUACACACCUGAGAAUUCAUACGGGUGAAAAACCCUACAAGUGUACACAGUGUGAGAAGAGUUUUCCUACAAAAUCUAAUUCAUAUAAACACCUGAAAAUUCAUACAGGUGAAAUGCCAUACAAGUGUGCACGGUGUGAAAAGUGUUUUCUUCGAAAAUACGAUUUGAAUAAACACCUGAGAAUUCAUACGGGUGAAAAAUCCUACAAGUGUACACAGUGUGAGAAGAGUUUUCAUACAAAAUCUUAUUUAAAUACACACCUGAGAUUUCAUACAGGUGAAAAACCCUACAAGUGUACACAGUGUGAGAAGAGUUUUCCUACAAAAUCUCAUUUAAAUACACACCUGAGAAUUCAUACAGGUGAAAAACCCUACAAGUGUACACAGUGUGAGAAGAGUUUUCAUACAAAAUCUUAUUUAAAUACACACCUGACAAUUCAUACAGGUGAAAAAUCCUUCAAGUGUACCCAGUGUGAGAAGAGUUUUUAUACAAAAUCUAUUUUAAAGAAGCACCAGAUUAUUCGUAUAGGUAAACAGCCAUACAAGUGUGCACAGUGUCAAAAGUGUUUCACCACAGUGUCAAAUUUAAAUAGCCACUUUUAUAUUCAUACAGUUGAAAAGCCAUACAAGUGUGCACAGUGUGAGAAGCGUUUUCUCGCAAAAUAUAAUUUGAAUGAACACCUGAAAAUUCAUACAGGUGAAAAACCCUACAAUUGUACCCAGUGUGAGAAGAGUUUUCAUACAAAAUCAAAAUUAAAAAAGCACCAGAUUAUUCAUACAGGUGAAAAGCCAUACAAGUGUGCACAGUGUGAAAAGUGUUUUCUUACAAAAUAUCAUUUAAAUGCUCACCUGAGAAUUCAUACAGGUGAAAAACCAUACAAGUGUGCACAGUGUCAAAAGUGUUUUCUUACAAAAUAUCAUUUAAAUGCUCACCUGAGAAUUCAUACAGGUGAAAAACCAUACAAGUGUACACAGUGUCAAAAGUGUUUUACCACGGUGUCAAAUUUAAAUAGCCACUUUUAUAUUCAUACAGGUGAAAAGCCAUACAAGUGUGCACAGUGUCAAAAGUGUUUUCUUACAAAAUAUCAUUUAAAUGCUCACCUGAGAAUUCAUACAGGUGAAAAACCAUACAAGUGUACACAGUGUCAAAAGUGUUUUACCACGGUGUCAAAUUUAAAUAGCCACUUUUAUAUUCAUACAGGUGAAAAGCCAUACAAGUGUGCACAGUGUCAAAAGUGUUUUCUUACAAAAUAUCAUUUAAAUGCUCACCUGAGAAUUCAUACAGGUGAAAAACCAUACAAGUGCACACAGUGUCAGAAAUGUUUUCAUACAAAAUCAUAUUUAAAUAAGCACCAAAUAAUUCAUUCGGGUGAAAAACCAUACAAGUGUACACAGUGUCAGAAAUGUUUUCAUACAAAAUCAUAUUUAAGUAGGCACCAGGUAUUUCAUACAGGUGAAAAGCCAUACAAGUGUGCACAGUGUGAAAAGUGUUUUUUUCGAAAAUACGAUUUGAAUGAACACCUGACAAUUCAUACAGGUGAAAAACCCUACGCGUGUACCAAGUGUGAAAAGAGUUUUCAUUCAAAAUCUAAUUUAAAUACACACCUGAGAAUUCAUACAGGUGAAAAACCCUACAAGUGUACCCAGUGUGAGAAGAGUUUUCAUACAAAAUCUAUUUUAAAGAAGCACCAGGUUAUUCAUACAGCUGAAAGGCCAUACAAGUGUGCACAGUGUGAAAAGUGUUUUCUUCGAAAAUACGAUUUGAAUGAACACCUGACAAUUCAUACAGGUGAAAAAUACAAGUGUACACUGUGUGAGAAGAGUUUUCAUACAAAAUAAAAAUUAAAAAAGCACCAGAUUCAUACAGGUGAAAAGCCAUACAAGUGUGCACAGUGUCAAAUUUAAAUAGCCACAUUUAUAUUCAUACAGGUGAAAAGCCAUACAAGUGUGCACAGUGUGAGAAGUGUUUUCUUACAAAAUAUCAUUUAAAUGCUCACCUGAGAAUUCAUACAGGUGAAAAACCAUACAAGUGUACACAGUGUCAGAAAUGUUUUCAUACAAAAUCAUAUUUAAAUAAGCACCAGAUAUUUCAUACAGGUGAAAGGCCUUACAAGUGUGCACAGUGUGAAAAGUGUUUUACCACAGUAUCAAAUUUAAAUAGCCACUUGAUGAUUCAUACAGGUGAAAAGCCAUACAAGUGUGCACAGUGUGAGAAGCGUUUUCUCACAAAAUAUCAUUUAAAUGCACACCUAAGAAUUCAUACAGGUGAAAAACCCUGCAAGUGUCCACAGUGUCAGAAGUGUUUUCUGAGAACAUCUGAUUUAAAUAAACACCUGAGGAUUCAUACCGAAGUAAUCUCCUCGAAACGUUAUUGUGUAAAAUUAUUCUCCCAAGUAGCUCACUGAAGUAGCCACCUGGUAAUUCAUACAGGUGAAUAGCCCUACAAAUGUGUUUAUUGUGGGAAGUGCUUUUCCCAGAAAAAGUGCAUUAAUUCACGCAAGAUGCUUCACAGUAUUGAGGCAGCUGAAACUAAUCCCAACAGAUGUUUACAGUGUGCGUCAUUCUCCCAAUGGAACAAGUUAAAUUUCCACAGUACAAGUACUUGGUGUGGAAAGUGCUUUUUGACAACAUUCCCUUUACCACACGAUUGCCACCUGAGAAUUCUUACUGGUAAAAAGUGUUUCAAAUGUACUGUCUACAUUUGAAGAAAUCUCCUUUCAUGGCAAAACAGACUGAAUAGUCUGAGACAUGCGUGUAUCCUGGGAAGGGUUUUAUGAAAGAAUCUGUUAUGUUAUGUGUAAUGUAGUGGUUAAGGUAAAUGACUGGGACCGGCAAGGUCGGUGGUUCGAAUCCCAGUGUAGCCACAAUAAGAUCUGCACAGAACUGAACUGCCCUUGAGCAAGGCCCUUAACCCUGCAUUGCUCCAGGGGAGGAUUGUCUCCUGCUUAGUCGUUGCUCUGGAUAAGAGCGUCUGCCAAAUGCCAAUCAUUUAAUGUAAUGUAAUGUUGUGUAGGAAGUGUUUGGAAUGUCCAAAUUUCUUAGGAAACCGAAAAUGUAUUGAGUCUUUACACAGGUUUUAAGACAAACCGUCCUCCAUUGUAUUUUGUGGGUGGUUAUUGACAGUUCAAGUAGUGAAUAAAAGGUGGUGAGCCAGUGCUUGUGCAGCGAUGUUUAAAGUUGUUCUGAUAGCCUUUCUGAUCAUAUUUGGUGAACACAUCUGAAAUGAAAUGGCUCAAUGACUUGGACAAACUGAGAUGCUAUUGAUCUUUUUAUAAUGAGUGUUUUUUUUUUUUUCUUCAUUUCAUGUAAAAUGUAAUUCGCAAUUUAUUUAAGGGUGAUAUUCUUUGAUGAUGAAAUUGACACCAGUGAAAAUUUUUGAAAGACCCAAUGUGAAAGCUAUUUGCAUAUACUGUUCACAGAAAAAUGUAUUGCUGAAAAUGAAAUUGACACUACUGGCCUUUUCAGUUCUUUUUCUGCCAGUGCUAAAGCUUACCAUUACACCUCAGACAUAUGCUUUUUCUGAGAUCUCAGUUAUUCAGUGUUCAAUAUGAAUUAUGACAUUCUGAAAUAAUUUUAUUUUGUGUACAUCCCAAGGCCUUUAUGCCUUGUGCAUUUCACAGUGUCCCACUGCUUGUGAAUGUAAGUUCAUUCCUGUUGCA